CCGUUCGGGUUGGGAUUUUUUUAAACAGGACAAACCCUUACGAGCUGUUGUUUUUAAACUUCAGACCGAACAAACGGCUUCGGGGGGGGUUUCCCCUGAAAACGACCCCGCCCCUGUAAUUCGGUCAGAGGAGCCGUUUUUAACGUUUCUAGGGGGCGGGAAGAAGCCCUCUUCCCCCAGCUACCCCACUGUAAACCUGUCCCAGUGGGGGUCUGGCUUCCGGUUUUGGCUUCACAACAGUCAGAACCAAACCAUCCAGCCGAGACAGCGCAGCAGAAUUGGACGGAGCCAGAAAUAAAGGGGGGCCCGCGUCCCCCCCUCCUCUGUCCUACCCUCGUCACGGUUUGACUCCUUCCCAGAGUAGCUCUGCUGGGGGCUCAGUGCCUCUUGAAAGCAGGACUUCCUGCUUCCCGGGGUACUUUAGCCACCCUCUCUGGGAGAGUGAUUUUUGGGGGUGCCUUUAGCGAACAGAGGAACUCCAUCCCAUAAUACCUAGAGAUGGCACAUGUUCGUAUCUCAGCCAAACUGCCCCCCGACAUUGACCCCACUAAAGCCCCCAUUGCUUUUGGGGAGAGGGCCCUACCUAAACUGAAUGAGGAGUUACAGUCCCCUGAGCUGCUGACCCGGCAGAGGGCAUUGAUGGCCCUGUGUGACCUGGUGCAUGACCCAGAGAAUGUCUACCAAGCAAUAAAACUAGGAUUCCUGGAUAACCUGAAAUAUUUGCUUCUAGACCAAGAUAGCACUGUUCGAGAAAAAACAACUGAAGUCCUUUAUAUAAUGGCUACUCACAAUGUUGGCAGGGAUGGCUUUUUAGAAAAUGGAAUCAUUCCUGCCCUGUCCCAGCUCUUGAAUGAUCCAGUGGAUAUCUGUCGGAGAAACAUGCACCGAGCGUUCGAAAUAAUGGCAGAGUUACCGGCGGGUGCUGUUGGCAUAGUGGAAAGCAAUUUGAUUUCUUCACUUGUUCUUAAACUGAAAACUGAGCUGGAUGAAAUCCAAGAGUUGAUACUGGACACACUCUCUGGCUGCCUGUGUGUAGAGGCUUUUGAAGCUCUAGCAACAGGCGCUGUUCCCAUUCUGAAGGAAAAGCUCACUCAUCCAUCAGUGGCCAUCAGGAGCAAAGCUGCCCGUGCCCUUUUGGGAAUUAGUGUCCCUCUGGAAGGAAAAAAUAUUGUGUGGGAUGAAGAGGUUAUCCCAGUGCUGAUCAGCCUGUUGGAGGAUUCAGAUCCUGAGGUCCGAGCUAAUGCAGCAGGAGCACUGAUGUAUGCCACCAUUACGACCCAAGGGAAAUAUGCAGCCCUUAGUGCAGAUGCCAUUCCACCUUUACUGAAGCUGGUUGAUGAUGAAACCAGCAAAGUACGCUUGAAUGCAAUCAAAACCCUGACCAUGCUGUCUGAGGCACCUGAGGGUCGCAAGACACUACUGAACCAUGUGGACCUCUUUCAAGGGCAGCUGAAUGACUCCAGUGAGGCUGUAAGCAGAGCAGCAAAAAUUGCCAUCAAAGUCAUCGAGUGGAAACCUUAAACCCAGGGCAUCAUAAAGCAAUAAAAUAUCAGCAAACCCCUUGCAGAUUGUGUGACCCAGAUUUUUUCUUAAAUGUUCUGUAUUAAAUCCCUACCUGUUCUAGCAUGUGAAGAGUUCUACUUCAGCUACAACUGCUCCUCAGUAUUUCUGCAUGUAGAAAUCUACAGGGAACAGUGUGGUCUUGGGGUUAGAAUAGGGCACAGGGAGUCCCUGAAAUAUUUACUUUAUUACUCCAGCAUGGCCAUUCUGUGCAACUAUCUUUUACCUGUGAUAAGUGAAGGUGCUAUAGCUGGGGGUUACAUUCCACCUUGUACCUUCUCUGUCUUCUACAAGGCACCAAAGUGAAUUGCAUGCAAUGUUGCCAUCCCUCAAAUUGGAAACAAGCAUUCUAGAAUUUGAAACCUUCUCAGGGGUUCAUUUUUCCCAGAGCUCAGUAGCAUUUUGUGAAGGAGACCAACCCCUCAUUCCCUCUCAUUGAGCUCCUUGGCAUAAGCCAAAGGGAAUCAACCUAUCUUGGAACACCCUAACAUUCCCUGAAAGAUGUCACACCUUCAGAGCCCCUUAGCAUCUUCUGCAGGGACUGCCCAAUCCUGGAACUCUUUGACUGCUUAUGCUUCUCCAGGUGAUUUUUCUGUGACAUCUCUUGAGUGGAGACUACCAUCCACUAUGGCAAUAUGCAUCUUCUGAAGACUCCAUGCGUUCCAUUAUCUCCAUGAUG